AUGGUUAAGAUUCCUGUCUUCGAAGUUGAGCAAUGGAUGGACGAGUAUGAGUUGACGCCAGGGGUGUUAAACAUCGCCGAGACGUGCGCAUGCUCCGUCUCAAUCUCCGAGCUCAGCGAACUCAGCAGCAGCAGCGCAGGCGACUCCUCACAGCCGGCAUCGUCCAUCAUCGACUUCUCGCGGCCAAUGACGUACGGUGCGAUCCUCGGAUCCGACGAACUACGACGGAACAUCGCAGGCUUGUACUCCGAGGAAGGCAUCGAUAACGCGUCAGUAGCACCAGAGGACGUGAUCGUGACGCAGGGCGCCAUCGCAGCGAAUCACCUCGUAUUCUAUUCCCUCGUCGGGCCCGGUGACCACGCGGUGUGCGUGUAUCCAACGUACCAGCAAUUGUACACCAUUCCCGAGACGCUGGGCGCCGAGGUCUCGUUGUGGAAGUUGAAGGCCGAAGAUGGAUACGUCCCUGACGUGAGCGAGCUUGAGAAGCUCCUUAAGAGUAAUACAAAGAUGAUCGUGAUCAAUAACCCAAACAACCCAACCGGCGCAACGAUUCCCGCAGACAUUCUCACUAAAAUCAUCAAAAUAGCCCGCGAGCGCAACAUCAUCGUAUUCUCAGACGAAGUCUACCGCCCGCUCUUCCACGGGUCGCCUGGCCCCCCCUCAGCGCUGUCCCUCGGGUAUGAAAAAGUGGUCGUAACCUCUUCAAUGUCUAAGGCAUGGGCACUAGCCGGCAUCCGCGUGGGCUGGGCGACCUCGCUCGACAAGGACAUCAUCAAGCGCAUCGCCAUCGCCCGCGACUACACCGCGAUCAGCGUAUCGCAGCUCGACGACCAGGUAGCGCGGUUCGCGCUAAGCGAUGCCGUGCGCCCGGCGCUUCUGAAGCGGAACAUGGAGCUCGCGCAGACGAAUCUCGCGCUUCUCGAUACAUUCGUACAGGAUCACGCCGAUGUGUGCUCAUGGGUCAAACCCACGGCCGGCACGACGGCACUGGUUAGAUUUGCGCGCGGGGACGGACAGCCCGUUGACGACGUGGCGUUCUGCAAGGAUGUCUUGGAUAAGACGAAGGUCAUGUUCGUGCCGGCCGGGCUGUGUUUCGGUCACGAACGGGAUUUCCGGGGGUAUGUGCGCAUUGGGUACGUCAGCGACACGGAAGUGCUCCGGCAGGCGCUGAAGAAUUUGAGUGCUUACGUAGCGGAAAAUCUGAAAUAG